ACUCUGGUCUCUUCUUUAUCUACUAUUUCGACAAAGAUUUUGUACGAAGUCAUCAUGAUGAUUGUAUUGUUUUGUGGUUUGGUGGCGAUCGCAUCUGCUCAGAUACUGCCCUCCAAUACCUAUGGAGCCCCGAACGGAGGGUUCUCAAACGGCUUUGGUUUUGGAGCUUUCAACGGAGCCUCAAACAACGGUUUUGGUGCCCCAAGUAAUGGUUACUCUGCACCAAGCAACACCUAUGGCACGCCCAACGACGCCUACGGAGUAGACCCUGAGAUUGCCGCUUUGGCCGAGAACAUUCCCGGGGGCGGCGUCCCCGGCGAGGACUACCCCAUCUUGGCUUCCGUGCCCGACACCGGCUUCUCGUGCGAUGCCCAGGCGGUACAAGGUUAUUACGCCGACACUGCAGCUGAAGCCGGCUGCCAGGUGUUCCAUAUCUGCCAGGACCGCGCCCUCAGGCGCCAACAGGACUCGUUCCUGUGCCCCAACGGUACCAUCUUCAACCAGCAGUACCUGGUAUGUGACUGGUGGUUCAACGUGGACUGUUCUCAAGCUGAGAGCUUCUACUCCGUCAACGAACUCAUCGGAGUCGUUCCCGACGCCGGUUAUGCUUAUGCUGCCGCCACCAACGGCAUCCUCAACGGAAACGGAAACGGAUAUGGAGCCAACGGCAACGGAGCCAACGGAAACGGAUGGAACAGAGCUAAUGGAUACGCUUCCAAUGGCAACGGAAGGAAUGGCAACGGAGCCACCAAUGGAAACGGAUAUCGCUCAAACGGCAACGGCAACGGCGCUAAUGGCUUCAAUGGCAAUGGCAGGAACGGCUAUGCCUCUAAUAGCAAUGGAGCGAACGGUGUCAAUGGAAAUGGUUUCAACGGCAAUGGAUAUAGAUCCAAUGGCAACGGUAAUGGAAGGAAUGGCAAUGGAAAUGGUAACAGGUAUAAUGGCAAUGGUCUGCGAACAAAUGGAAAUGGAAGGAACGGCAGCGGUAAUGGAAACGGAUAUAAUGGCAAUGGCUUCAAUGGCAACGGAGCUGCCGCUCCGUCUGCCUCCUAUGGCGCUCCUUUCUAAACGGACCCUCGUGCACAUCCUAAGCAGGCUUUCCUCAGUAAACGCAUGUAUAUUUCAGCGCUUUAUAGAUGUUCUAUAUUUUUGCAAGAAUACAUAUGAAAUACCUA